UCCGCUGGUAUAAUGAGUGACAGGCUACAUCUCAUUGCACAUCACAUCAACAUUUGAAAACAGUGGAAAUGCUGACAGAACACAGUGUCUGUGAAGCGCGCAUCGUCGCACGCAACGCAACGCGGCAGCGCGCACGGCAGCGCUAACACCAGGCACGCGGGCUCCUCCCGUUUGGCUGCUGAGGCUGAGAGAUGCUGGAGGAUCGCGUCGCCCGGCUCGGACCAGCUCGGACCAGCUUAGAUCACACGGACCACACGGAUCAGAAGCUGCUUUCUGCUCGUAUGAACAUGUCAGCAGGACUUUGAUAUUUUGUCUUUAUCUUUAUCCUUGUUCUAUUGUUCCUCGGAGGCUUCGUGCCUUUAGAGAUUGAUCUCAAAUGGCAUCAGUUUAGUCUACGCAAAGUGCCACGCAGCAGGCCUGCUCUCUAGAAGGGGAACAGGAGGACUUGACGCACGGGCUGGUGAUGCCGGACUGAUCCUGACGGCUGGCUCAGGUCAGAUAUUCCUCGUUGAGGCCCUCCUCGGUGAGGUCCUCCUCGGUGAGGUCCUCCUCGGUGGGCUCCUCCUCGGUGAUUAAGGGAUGUUGGCAUGGCCGCCUCGGGAGCAGCGAAGAGCCUCAGGACAGAGAAGCUGGACGAGGCGCAGGCGUCGGCCAGGAGCUGCGCCGGCAGACCAGACUUCCUGCCGUGCGACGGUCUCUCCGUCCGUCACGGAAAGUGCUUCAAGCUGCACUGGUGCUGUCACCUGGGCUGGUGCCACUGUAAAUAUGUCUACCAGCCCAUGACGAGCGUGUGCCAGCUGCCAAGCACAGUGGUACCCCCGGCCUCCACGGAGCACAGUGCCACCAUGGAGCUGUCCGUCUCUCUGGCCCAGCGCUUCCUCAAGCUGGCGCCUUGCUUCCAGCCGCCGCCGCACCUGCAGUCGCCGAGGUACUGCGUCAUCGCCGAUCUGUUCGUCGACGACUACAUCGUAAAGCGCAUCAACGGCAAGAUGUGCUACGUACAGCGCCCGCCCCCGCGUUUACCGGACCUGCCCCCCUCCACCGACCCGGCUGUGCCCGGCACCCGGCCCCCGCCGGCACCGGGCCCUCCGACUCCCCCCUCGCCCACCCUUGGCCCUCGGACCUCCUCCGCCCCGGGACCCCCUGGGCACUCCAGCCCCGCCCCCCGGCCUCACGGACCGCCGCACCAGCUGAAGGGCCCCUGCUCCUCACCCUCCAGCUCCGAAGACUCUGGCAUCAACGCCCUGGAUGUGUAUUGCCUGGAGUCUUGUGAGGAGGAUGAAGAGGAGGAUGAGUCAGACGAAGAUGAGUUGAGCACGGAUGGAAACUCCAGCCUUUGGGAUAGGGACGAGUGCUCGCUGCUCUCUCCCUCCAAAUCCAUGAUAGAGAUCAUUGAGAAGAUGGAGACCACUGUGUGACUCCAUGGAAUGACCCAUUGCUAGCCUCCAGGAAGGCACCACCACCAGGGAACAAUGCACCGCCUGAGGGAGGCACCACCACCACCACCAGGGAACCCUGCACCGCCUGGGGGAGGCACCACCACCACCACCAGGGAACCCUGCACCACCUGGGGGAGGCACCACCACCAGGGAACCCUGCACCGCCUGGGGGAGGCACCACCAUCACCACCAGGGAACCCUGCACCGCCUGAGGGAGGCACCACCACCAGGGAACCCUGCACCUCCUGGGGGAAGCACCACCACCACCACCACCAGGGAACCCUGCACCUCCUGGGGGAAGCACCACCACCACCACCACCAGGGAACCCUGCACCUCCUGGGGGAGGCACCACCACCACCAGGGAACCCUGCACCUCCUGGGGGAGGCACCACCACCACCAGGGAACCCUGUGUCGGAGAUGGACCUGUAGGUUAUGUAAGGCGUUCUACUUCUACUUUGCAGUUGUGGAAUGAUUUGGAACCUAGAUGCAUACAGAUGAGCAGGAAUAGCAGGAAUGUUUAGGUUUUUCUCGAAUCUUCUCACACAAAUACUUUCCUUCGCCCCAUGACUCCUUAUCUUCCCUAAAGGAGUUACUGUUGUCUUACCCUAACCCUAGCCCUUUACUUCCUGAAGGGAGAUUUGUGUGUCUUACCCUUACCCUAGCCCUUAUCUUCCCUAAGGGAGAUAGUUUAUCUUACCCUUACCCUAGCCCCUAUCCUCCCCUAGGGAGAUAGUGCGUCUUACCCUUGUCCAUCAAACACAUGCUCAGUGCACUCGAGGAACAUUUGCAUGAUGCUCAAGACACACAAACAAACACAGAGCAUGGACUGGGAAGAUGAUAAAUACACAGCCCCUUGACAGCAAGUGCCCGUGGGCCCUUGGUGUUGAGAGAGAGAGAGAGAGAGAGAGAGAGAGAGAGAGAGAGAGAGAGAGAGAGAGAGAGAGAGAGAGAGAGAGAGAGAGAGAGAGAGAGAGAGAGAGAAUCAAAGAUAGAAUCAAAGAUAGAUAUUUCAUAAGCACAUGACUAGACUAGAGUAUCGCUACCAUUCAAGCUCUGUUGUGGGACACGCUUGUAACCCCUACAGCCCAACAUUGGUUUGGAUUCCGGGGGGGCCAUCAAAUGUUUUCUUAGCAGCACUCGCACAAGCCCACGACCUCGUAGGCCUGCAGGUUUAUUGGCAUUAGGCUUUAUUACGGGACACUAGGUGGGGAAACUGAAUGCAGAAUAUUUCCAAUAUGCGAACAGUUUCCUAAAAUGGCCAUUAGGUGAGAAAAGGCUACUAGAACCUCAUACUGGCCUAGAUUCUUCGAUGGUGUUAACCCUAACCCUAACCCUUUAUACUAACCCUAACCCCAGUUGAACCAAGGGUGAACAGGUUAGAAGGUUAGAAGUGUGACGAUACAUGUGAUCAUGUUGUAGUAGAGACGAUGUUAAGGGUGAAACGGUGUAAGUUAAGAAGUAUGAUGGUUCAUGUGAUCAUGUUGUGGUAGAGAUUACAUACUUUAUACCCUGUGGUGUCAAUAGUUAAAGAAAGGUUUUGUUCUGUAAGAACAUUUUGUUUUCUGCAUAGUUCUGGACCAACAAACGCUAGCAUAACAUACAUUUCACAAAUAUCAAAAACUUUAUGAUGAACUCUGGAUUAAAGAGGUUAUCUGCAUGACUGCAUUUUGGGGCAGAAUAUUGAAAUUUUACAAAAACAGGCUGAACCAGAGAACACAAUUUUGUCCCUGUUGUUUUAUUUUCAUAUGAAUAAAUCAAAAACUACCUGAACGUU